AUGCCAUUAGAAACUGACAUCGAAUUUAUUGACACAUCGGUAAAUAAUUCUGAUUUUAGUGUCACUACUGUGUCGUCAGUUACUUCUUCUCAAUUGCAUAACGACCCUGUCGAAUCGGUUUCUUCUGCGGUAUCAGAAGUAACUUCCGGGUAUGAAAAUAUCCCUCCAAAAGAAUUCGACUUUUCACUGCAAAAAAUGGCUUUUACUACUUCACAGGCAGAAUCUUAUAUUAAGCAAAUGCCUUCAACUUCUUACGCAUCUAGUGCCGUUCUAUUGGCGGACACUGAUUUUAUGCACAACACUGGAGCUACUUCCAAGAAGUUAUCAGUGGAUUCAACUCAAUUGUUCGGAAGCAAUGAAUCUGGGAUUGUUUUUCAGUUUCCUAACAUGGCGAUUCCUCCAGAUAUCCAAUUUAUUGACGAAACAGGUUCACACUACAAUGCUGACGCUUCCAAAAAUCCUCAACCUAUUGACGUUAUUCACAGCAGCUUUAGAAUUCCAAAGAAACCCCCAUCAAGACGUCGUCUAUGUAGGCACCAUAGUGACAGUGAAACAAGACAACAGUAUCAGGAUAGGGCCUCAAGCACCCCCAGAUAUAAUCCAGAAAUGAGACCUCGAACUAAAAGAGUGAGACGAUCAGUUUCAGCGAUUGAAGGUAACAAGUCACGUUACAGACCACGUGUUAGGAGAAGCGUUAGUGACAGAUCUGGACUCAUAGUAGCUGGAAAGCACUUGGCAAUUCCCAGAUCUAGACCACAUAGUAUCAGUGAUAUCCGUUCUUCUAAGUGUAGUUCUACAAAGACGCUAGCAAGCAAUUUAUCAAUGUCUGAUGUUGUCGCUGUAGAAUUAGGAAUGAGGAACAUUCCAGGACUCACUGCAAAAGAAGCCAGAAGAAAACGGAUAGUGUGCACAGUUAUGGUGAUAACGAUGACAAUUUUAAUAGUUAGUGCAAUACUUGUAGUGGUUACCUUGUUUCUUUCGCCAGAGGUCGAUGCAAUAUUGCGCAAAGGAAACGAAGAAAUAUAUCGUUCCAUGUCAGCUGGUGCUUCAACAUCUUCCCCGACGACAGAGGGCGCUGUCGUCACCAACAACUCAACGCCACCUAGUGGCACUCCCGGAUGAUGACAGCAGAAGUGAACCUGGUCGUAGUUGUUAUAAGGACAAUAAUCGAAAUCAUGUGUCUAAUAGAUUGUUACGUUACGUAGAUUAUAUGAAAAGUUUAAACAAAAAGAAGGUUUAAAGCAUUGUUGUAUUGUUAUAUACAUGAGGUCUAUUAAAGUUUAUAUUGAAAAAAAACAAUUUAAUAUGAAAAUUGUCUUACCUACUCUUAUAUCCCUAAAAGCUCAACUAUGGUAAAGAAAAUUGUUAUCUCCAUUAUUUUUAUUCAAAUGAAGAGUUUAACAUUGCACUAUUGUUUGAUUCUGUGCUUAAUUUCUUUACACUUAUACAUUGAUUUGUUUUUCGUCACAUGGUUAAAUUUAUUUAUGUAAUCAAUAUAUUC